UAUGUAUAUGAUUAUUAAUGGUGAACAUUUAAAAAACCAUCUUAUAUAAACAAACAUCAAUUGCAAUACUUGGCCAAACAUUUGAAGAAAAAAACAAAGAAAAAUGAGGAAAGUUACAUUAGUUCUUACAAUCUUCCUCCUUGAGUUAGUAUUACAACAACAGGAAGCUCUUGCGUCUAAUGGGGGAUGUGUUGCAACAUCAUCAUGCUCCUCCACCGAUUCUCAACCUCAACAGGUACAUAUCUCAUUGGCAGGACAAGGAUACAUGAGAAUAUCAUGGAUAACAAGUUACAAAAUGGCAACAUCUGUGGUGGAAUUCGGUAGCAAGUCUGGAAGCUACAACGAAUAUAUUGUUGGUGAUAGUUUUAGCUACCAUUACUAUUCUUAUGUCUCCGGUAAAAUCCACUAUGUUACAAUUGGACCUUUGACGCCUGACACUACCUAUUACUACCGUUGCGGUGGAUCCGGUUCCGAAUACUCAUUCCGCACUGCUCCUGCCGCCUUCCCCGCUGAAUUUGUCCUUGUCGGUGGAGUUGGACAAACACAUAGGACCAAGGCAACACUAGAGCGCAUUAGUCAAAGAUGCUACGAUGCAGUAAUUGUAGCCGGAGGGCUUGCAUACGCAGACGGUCACCAGUCACUUUGGGACUCCUUUGGCCAAUUAAUCGAGCCAUAUGCUAGCCAAAAACCAUGGAUGGUCACAUCUAGCAAACAUGAGGUUGAGGGUGUUUGUACUGUUUCUAAAGGACCACAACCCUUUAAAGCCUUUAAUGCAAGAUGGCUCAUGCCUUACCACGAGAGUGGUUCAGCCUCUAACCUUUACUACUCCUUUGAUGUCGCUGGAGCUCACUACAUCAUGCUUGGGUCGUAUGCUGACUUUGACACUAGCUCUGCUCAAUACGAAUGGCUUAAGGCUGACUUGACUAGCAUCAACAGGUCUAAGACUCCAUGGGUGUUUGUCGUCGUUAACACACCAUGGUACACUUCUAGCGUUGCUUAUAAAGGAGAAGGCGAAUCAAUGAGGAAGGCCAUGGAGAAUCUUCUCUACACGUUUAGAGUUGAUGUGGUUUUCUCCUCUCGUGUCAAUGCUUAUGAACGUUUCCCUAGGAUUUAUGACAACAAACAAGAUGCUUGCGCACCGGUCUACAUUACCCUUGGAGAUGCAGGCUUCAAACCAAACUUCGAGUUUGAGCACGGUGCUCCAUCAACCUCAUUGCACAGAGAGCUAACAUUCGGGCACGGGCGUUUGAGAAUAUAUGACAACAACAAGGCUCAUUUUACAUGGUUUCGAACUGAAGAUGACUCUGAUUAUGGCAACCCUAGUGAUCAAGUUUGGCUUACAAAUCUAAUGUCCUCGGAUAAAUGUGCAGACCUAUGUGCCUGCAAGAAAUUCUCAUGCAUCAAAACCCACAACGAUGAACUUUGAGUUUUUUUUUUACUGGGAAGAACAAUUUCAUUAAUAAUCAGCCAUACGACUUUCAUAAUGAUAAACUUUGAGUCUUUGAUAUGCUUUUUGUAUCAGCUUUGGAGAUUUUAGGACUCGUGUCCAUAUCAAAGAAAUGAAAACAGGCAAUGUAAUAAGAUUUGGGUUUUUUUUUUUUUUCUAUUUUUUUUAUGUGAACAAACAAAAUUACUUCCCCACUUUUUUUAUGUGGCAUUUGUAUGUCAAAAACUAAGUCCGCUAAAGGCGGUAUUAUUGUAUA